AUAAUUGCUUCAGGUCUUUAUGUGGUCUGGGCUGAGAGGAGCUUUGAAGGUGAUGCUGUGUGCAUGAGUGAUAGCUGCCAUGCUGCAUCAUGCUGAGAGAGCUGGAGGUAGGGUGGAGGAGGUCGUCAUCUGUCCCAUUGUGCCUCCCACCCCACCGCCACAGCACACAGGGGAGGACCACUUAAUAAGGUCAACACUUGAUCCCCAACUGUUCUGUCUUUUUUCCCUCCACCCUUACCUCUGCCAAUCUGUCACCUUGUUUUUCUUUGGUAUUUCUUCUCAGUUUCUUUCUCUUUUCAUUGUUGUAAUCUUACCUUUCCUCUUUCUUAUUCUGAGCUUUCCAAAAUCAUUUUGUUAACAUCCCAACUUGAUCAAGCCGAGGCUUUUCAGCAGUUGUGAAUGACUUGAUCUUGUUAGGGUGUGUCUCCACCUCAGAUUAGUCUCUGUUAUUCUCAGCCUACAAGUUGCAGUGAAAAUGUUUAGUGGCAAACUCUCAGCACUAGCUCAGAGAGGAGUCUCUUCAGUGCUGUGCGUCCUCACAGGUUUUUAGAGAAUGAAUUAAGCUGCAUGAUAGCCCACAGCCCCAAGGCCCCAAGAAUAGAAGACAAGUGCACUGAAGCCAAAAUUUUGCACUUGAACCUGCCACUGCAGCUAUUGGCUCUUAUUCAUGGCCCUCUGUGGGGACUGUUGGCAUGCUGCUCAUAUUCUGUUGGCACAGCUGUUCUUAUAGCGUGGCCUGCUGGAAGAGGCGUGUGUGCGUGUGUGUGUGUUUUUGAGAUGGACAAAGACUGAAUUAGAUGGGGAACACAAGAGAUAGGAUGAGAAAGGGUCAGAGAUGGACAGUGAAAUGAGUGAGAAAUAGCCUAAGAAAAGGGAUGGAAGUCAGUCAUUUGUGACUCUGGCAUGGCAGGUGUCAUGUCAGUGUCGCCACAUAUGGGUGAUUUGAAACCAACAGUAGUGAAGGUCUAUCACUGGUGUCUCUCUCUGUGAGACACUCACAGACAGUGGGGUGGUAUUCACUUAGGCCGUGCCAACAAACACACAGCCAUAAAGGAAUCGGUGGUUAAGCUCUCCUUCUUAAAGCUUUUUAAUCUUUGUCCUCGAGGUGAGCAGAGAAAGACGCAGCGCUGUGCCUGACAAGAUUACAGUAUGCAGUGCAGCUGCGGUUGAGUGAAAGGUUCAUUGACAAUGUGUUGAACAUUAUCAAUCAGAUCAUGGAUGAAUGUAUCCCCAAUGACCGGGCCAACAGAGACUUCUCUGUCAAGUUCCCCGAGGAGAUUCGUCAUGACAACUUGGCUGGGCAGCUGUGGUUUGGAGCUGAGUGUUUGGCUGCUGGCUCCAUCAUCAUGAACAGGGAAAUAGAGAGUAUAGCAAUGAGGCCCCUUGCUAAGGACCUUACACGAAGCCUGGAAGAGGUACGCAACAUCACCAGAGACCAGGCCCUGAGAGACCUCAACUUGUACACUGACCGCAUGAAGGAUGCAUUGCGACAUUUCGACGGCCUUUUUGCUGAGUUUGAGCUCAGCUAUGUGUCAGCCAUGGUGCCUGUGAAGUCUCCCAAAGAAUACUAUGUACAGCAGGAGGUGAUUGUGCUCUUCUGUGAGACUGUGGAGAGGGCCUUGAAGUUGGGCUAUCUCACACAGGACAUGAUUGAUGAUUAUGAACCUGCACUGAUGUUUACAAUUCCGAGACUGGCCAUUGUAUGUGGGCUGGUUGUGUAUUCAGAUGGACCUCUCAACCUCGAACAAAAAUCAGAGGACAUGUCCGAGCUCUUCCGGCCUUUUCGCACUUUGUUAAAGAAAAUCAGAGACUUACUGCAGACCCUGACUGAGGAGGAGUUAAUGACAUUGGAGAGGAACUUGUGUAUCUCUCAGGAUGGGGAGUUGUCCACAGACCAGGGUCUGGCCACAAACUGCUCACCAGCUCCAGUCCAAGAGAAUCACUCGUCCUGCAGCACCACUAAUGACACUUCCAAGGAGGAGUGUCAGGGGGAGCAGGAGCAGCUGGCUCUGUUUGUCUCUCCCAGACAAGAGGAGGAGCCAGCGGAAGUGGAAACGGGCUGGGAAGAGGUAGAAACCGAUAAAGGUGAGGAGCAGCAGGAACAGGGUUUGCUGUGUGAGGAGGCAGAAGAGGCCGAGUUGGCCUGCUCCAUGCAGUACGAUGAGGAGGAACUGGAGCAACUCAACAUGAUGGUGUAUCGCGUGGGAGACGAGAUGUCCACGCUGCUGUCGCCACCUAGCCAGGGACAGUCCCCUGCACACCAUCCCCACAGAGGAGAGGCUGGAGGCUCCAGUGGGGCUUCUAGCACUGAGGCUUCUCCUCGUAGGCUCCUGCUGGGCCGGGGAAGGAAAGGCAUCUAUGUAGAGGAGGAGGACAGGGUCUUCCUCAUGGAGGACCUGGACACAGCAGGAGACAGUAUCACCAGCAUCUCAAGAGAGGCCUGUAGUUGUGUUGCCUCUCCGUCCAAAGCACUAGAGUCUGUUCGUCCUGUGCAGCGCAAACCACCACAGCCAGAGUCUACCAGGAAUGGCUGGUACUCUGAGGCACAGUCUGAGCAGCCAGGCAGCCAGAACACAUUCUGUCCAAAUUCAAAGCACCAUCCUUGCACUUCCGCUCCUGCCUCUGAAACUUUGCCUUACACCAAUGGAUGGGAGAUGGGUUUGGAGGGGACAGCGUCGGAAACAGCUGAGGUCAUUGCCCACCGUAUGGGUGGGAUGAAGCUGUCUGCCACGGUCAUCUUCAAUCCCCACUCUCCUAGCUUGACAGAGCUCACCGUGGACAAACUGCUGCUGCCACGGCCUGCUCCAACUGAGAUUGAGCCCUGCGGCCCCCUGGUGGCCACGCAUUGCCUGCUCAAUUCCUGUGUUUGCUGUGGGAGCUGCGAGGAUGGACACGAGGAUGCAAUUGCCACAGAGAACACUGGACUUGGGUUAGGCCUCGCCCUGGGUUUGGACAGACACUGUAAGACAAUGGCACCUAGCACUGUCAUCCAGUCGUCUGCUUGCCGACAGCCUCCACGAGGUCAUGAGCCUCACAGUAAGGGUGACCUUGCCCAGUUGACUCCCCCAUCUUCCCGUUGCUCUGCAGAGAACCUGGAAGACGAUUCAAGCUUCCAGCUCUGUGAAAAGUGCCUGGUGGUGGCCCCGGUGCCAGGGCAUCACCCUCAGGACUGCAGCUCCAGCAGAGAGGAUGGACCCACCCUGUGUAACCACCAGCUGGAGUCUGAAAAGAGGCAGCAGGCCAGUGGGGGCCGGCAGAGGGACAGGGAGACGGAUAAGGACAACCCAGAACCUAUAGACUUGAAGAGGGACACCAAAGAGGACAGCAGGAAGAGCUCCAGUUUUCAGAACUCUCCCCACAGCUCUUUGUCAGGUAGUGACUGUGAGAGUGUGUCGGUCACCACAUGUAGUCUGUCAAGCAGUGCAUACACUCCCAGCUCUGUCAGCAGUCUGACCCCCAGCUCGGGGACAACAGAAGACCUGGACCAUCAGGAGAUCCAGCUUGCCCUACAAGAUGCCAAGAUGGCUACCAGGAACAAGAUUCGAUCACGCUUCCACAGCAGCAGUGACCUCAUCCACCGCCUCUUUGUUUGCAUAUCAGGUGUUGCUGAUCAGCUGCAAACCAACUAUGCUAGUGAUCUUCGCAGCAUCCUCAAGACCUUGUUUGAAGUCAUGGCAACCAAGUGUGAUCAGGGUGAAAAUGAUACGCAAAAGAAAGCAGGUCCUGUUCUGCGUAGUGCAGUGCUAGAGGACUGCGCUCUCUGUCAGGAGACCAUUUCCUCAUCAGAAGUGGCAGCCAAAGCCCGGGAGGGCCAGUUCGAAGACCCUCCGGACUGGGUCCCUGAUGAAGCCUGCAACUCUUGCAUUGCCUGCAAGGCUCCGUUCACUGUCAUCCGCAGGAAACAUCACUGCAGAAGCUGUGGAAAGAUCUUCUGCUCUCGCUGCUCUUCCCACUCUGCUCCUUUGCCUCGAUAUGGUCAGGUGAAGCCUGUCAGGGUUUGCACACAUUGCUACAUGUUUCAUGUCACACCCUUCUACAGCGACAAGGCUGGUAUCUGACCCCAAAUCAUCACUGAAAGCACUCAAUCCACAACAGCAAGAGCAUAUGCAAUGGACAGCUGUGUACAGAGCAAUUGCCACACUGCUCUGGUUAAAUGUAAUCAACGUACCUGCUAAGCAAGGCUUCGGAGAAAAGUCACAGAUGAAGAGCAGAAUGGAGACACGCAGCCACGAGUGAUGAUUCGACCCCCUUCUGUUGCUUUGGGGAGACUAGUGCAUCACCAGGAACCAAAGGGUUUGAGUUCAGUGCAGAGUUAACACAGAUGAUUCACAAAUGCCUGUCUGAGUAACGAGGUGCAGAAGGGGGAGGGGAUAAACAGGCAAUAGCAGAUUUUGAACUGGCAUUGUGCAGCAGUCCUCUGUAGCAGUUUGCAGCACAAACUCAGAACAGACCACCAUGUUAGCUUUGUUGCUAGGUGUAAAUAAAAGGACUUGUGAAAUAUUUUCUUAUGCUUUAGCGAGCUUCCUACAUUUGUGCCAGAGCUCCCACGGGACUCGGAUUACUCAAAAGAAUGUAAGUCAUGAUAACAAUGUAAAUAAGGAUAAUUCUGGUAAUAGCUACACUACAACGGUUGCUUUUUAUAUGGGAACUGGAAACCAAUCUCCACCAGGCUAUCAGUCCCAAUAAAAAUGGAAAAACAGGCACCUUUUAUAUUGAGAUUCCUUUAUGCUUUUAAUGGCAAUGAAUGUGUAAUUGUGUCUCAUUUUUUGAAAUGGGGUCUAGGUCUCCAAAAAGUCUGACCAUUCACCUCUUGGUGGCAGUGGGCUGCCUCCUUUGCUUUAACAGUUGUGCCACAGCAUGUUUUGUUUCCUCUGGGGACUCCUGCUGAGAUGAAAAAAAGGGAUUCCUUAAUCAUCACUGUCAGGUCUGUGAAGGCCCCCUAGUGGAGAGCUGACCUCUCUUCACUCAGUGCUCUCAUCGCCCCCGUUGUGAACAAUUUGUUCCGAACCAGAGGCCUUCUCAGGUGCUGGCCUACAGACUACAGGCCGAUUAUUUCCCACUGAUCUCUUUUCCUCACACUACAGUGCAAUAUAGUAACUACUAACUGUAAUAGUCCUGCACAUUUUAGAGACAGUCCCUUUGCUCUUUAGAUUGUAGUUAUAGGUCUUUUCUUAAGGGAGAAGUUUGAUUUGGGUUUGCACUAAAUUAUUUCGAACUUUGGCUCUGGUGGUACAGUCAGACAGGAACAGAAACUUUGUUCCUAGACCGACUUCCUUCCUGCUCUUGAGUCUGCUUCCAUUGCAAUGACAGCAUACAAAGUAUCUUCCAUGCCGAUUAUAUAUUACAGUUUGUACAUCUGAAUGGCCUGAAGUGGCCAGUCUACAUAUAUGGACGUUUGAGUGACACUCAUGAAAUAUCACAUUAUUUCCAUUCUGCUUUGACGUUAAGCAGUUUCUCAGGCAUUACAUGGUCAGAAUCACUCACCACUGUUGGAUCAAACCUAUGUUCAUCAAACUACAUAUAAAUUCACUUUGAAAAGGUAUGCUUUUUUUCUUUUAUAAAGAACAAAAAUAAUAUAUGAAGCUAUAACUAAUUUUCUGUAAAAUAUGAGGAAUCAUGCAGUAAUUUAACGGCGGGAUAAUCUAUUAUUGUUUCAGAGCUUCAUCUUAUUUUGUAAAAUUCCAGGACGUUUCCAUGCUGUGUGAAAUAUUCAACAAACAGAUAAUGUUAUAUAGUUUUAAAUGCGAUGUAUAUUGAAAUAAAUUACUUUUUUCCUGUUUAAA